CCCAUCGCGAAACGACAUUCCUAGAUUCGCCGAGCAUACCUGUGACCGCCGCCAGCAAUCAAGAUCACACGUGUUUUACUCGUCUUUCUGAGCCGCCACUUCACUUCAGAGGUGGAACAUGCCGCCGCCAGACGCUCCCGUAGUAGAGAGCUACGUGGAAGACAGCAUGGAUGAGGACUCUCUCUCCUCGCUCGGUGACUAUGACGAAGGCGCCAUGGAUGACACAGCUUUCAUGUCGGACCUGGGAUCUGGAUCCGAUGUAGGCUCUGAAGGAGAUUUGGACACUGAAGCUGAAGACGUGGACGAGGGCGAUGUAGAUGGCGAAAUGGACGUGAUGGGGGACUCUUUUAUUGGACCUGGCUCUCAGAGCGGAGCUAAUAAACGCGGGGAGGUCGAAAGUUGGUGCCGGUCGCCGAAGGCCAUUGUGACAGCACAAGAGAAGGAGAUCACGCAGAUUGAGAACAUGUUCGCCAUCAAGACUACCGAUGCGGCGAUCUUGCUCCGACACUUUUCUUGGAACAAGGAAAGGCUCAUCGAACGCUACAUGGAUGAUCCAGACACGGUCGCGUCUGCUGCGGGGAUCUUGACUGCCGAAGGAUCCUCAUCACGCAUCUCUCCACGGAAGGACUUCACUUGUGAGGUCUGUUUCCUGUCGAGCGAGGACAUGCCAGGGGGAACGAUGAGUACGCUCGCGCUCAGCUGCGGCCACCGCUUUUGCACGGACUGCUACGCGAGCUACUUGACGCAGAAGAUCGGGGGCGAAGGAGAGAGCAGGCGAGUGCAGUGCUUGCAAGAAAAAUGCGCACUUAUUGUCGAUGAGAACUCGGUCGGACUCGUCGCCGAGCCAGAUGUCUACGAAAGAUACAAGAGGCUGCUCAAUCGAACCUACGUAGACGACAGCGCCAUCAUGCGAUGGUGUCCCGCGCCAAAUUGCGAGAAUGCCAUCGAAUGUCAUGUACCAGCGAAGGCUUUGCGAACGGUGAUUCCAACAGUCACCUGCGAAUGCGGCAAUGUCUUCUGCUUCGGAUGCGGUUUGGCGUCUCACGCGCCCGCCAUUUGCCCAAUCACGAGGCUUUGGUCGAGAAAAUGCGAGGAUGAUUCAGAGACCGCCAACUGGAUCUCUGCGAACACGAAGGAGUGCCCCAAAUGUGAUAGCACGAUUGAGAAGAACGGAGGGUGCAACCACAUGACCUGUAAAAAGUGCAAGCACGAGUGGUGUUGGAUUUGCUCGGGCCCGUGGUCAGAGCAUGGGAAUUCUUGGUACAAUUGCAACCGUUUCGACGAAAAGAGCGGUCAAGAUGCAAGAUUUGACCAGGCAAAAUCUCGAGCAUCGUUGGCCAGGUAUUUGCACUACUUCAACCGUUUCGCCAAUCAUGAGCAAUCUGCACGACUGGAUCAAGAUUUGUAUGGUCGCACGGAAAAGAAGAUGGAGGAGAUGCAACUCACCUCGGAUUUGACCUGGAUUGAAGUGCAGUUCCUGAAGAAAGCAGUGGACACUCUAAGCGAGUGCCGCAUGACACUCAAAUGGACCUACGCGAUGGCUUACUAUUUAGAGAAGGACAACAUGACGGAGCUCUUCGAAGACAAUCAGCGAGAUUUAGAGAGGGCUGUGGAAGAGCUCAGCGGAGAGCUCGAGAAACCCAUCGAGAAGGACACUAUACCGGCACUGCGCCAGCGCGUUACAGACUUGACUGUUUACGUCUCCAAGAGGCGCGACAUCAUGCUUAGCGACACGUCAGAAGGUCAUCGAGAGGGCAGGUGGAAGUGGAAUGUCAGCCUCUGAGCUGUCCCUCACCGCUCAUACCCGGCCCCCGCUCCCAGCAUAUCUUUGCUUCCCUCUCUCUUCUCAUCACCUCUUCGAAUCCCAGUCUCACGCCACCAGCAUUCAGUCACACCUCGCCCCUUGCAAUGUAGCCGUUCGGCAUACUCUUCAGCACCUGUAAUUUUCCAACCCCUACUGCACGACCCACUAUCGCAUCUGCGACUUGCGAGUCGCGUUCGCGAGAGACUUGAUGGGUUUUAUGCCACACCGCUAUAAGCAUCCACUCCCAACAUCUAACACGGCACCUAGACAGCGCAUCGCUAUCGUCCUCACCCUAACAAAGCUCCCCUGCAAGCCUCAGAACUACUGGAGGCUUCCACGCAGAAGCGAGCUUGUGAGGAAGCACUCUCAAUGCGAUGCCUUCUUAUGA